UCUACAAUUUGCAGGUAAUAUAUAUACACGAUUCAUUUCCUCUGCUAGAAGGUAAUUCUAGUGCCUUCUCCUCUCACUCUAUUCUUCAAUCUAUCGUCUUCCAAGAGGGAUUAGCACAAUAGAGUAUGCAGAAGGGAAGAGAAGGUCCAGACAAUUUCUUUCACUUGGGUGACUUGUUGGGUAGUUUCUGGAGCUCUGCUGGUUUUGGAUCUCGUAGAAGUAUGAUGCCCAGUCUUUUUGGAGACAGAGAUCCGUUUGAAGAUCCUUUUUUCACUCGCCCCUUUGGAAGCUUGUUUGAUUCUGGCAUGUUUGCUUCGAGUGCUGCAGUCAUUGGGAAGGAUCAGACUAAUCGGGCACCGGGAAUUGUAAUAGAAGAAUUAAACUCCGAUGAUGAAGGAAAGAAUGAGAAAGGUGAAGGCACGGGGCCUGACAAAGAUAAUGAUCAAAAAAAUCUUCCAUCAAGCAAAGAACCGUCUGUCGAGCAUCCAGAUGAUGAUGAUGAUAAUGAUGAGAGCAAAAAUCUGAUUCAGAGGAUUGACAGCAACAAGGUUGAAGGGGCGCAAUCCCAGGCUAGCAAAGUCAGCGUCCAGGCUUGUAGAGUCACGUAUGGUGGUGUUAAUGGAGCGUAUUACACAUCUACAAGAACGACAAGGACAGGCGCUGAUGGAGUGGUGCUUGAGGAGGCGAAAGAAGCAGAUAGAACAACAGGUCAAGCGAAACACAGGAUCUCUAGAGGAAUUCACGAUAAGGGUCACUCAGUUACAAGGAAGCUCAAUUCAGAUGGUAAGCUAGAUACAUCGCAAACUUUAUACAAUCUAAAUGAAGAUGAGCUUGCUGGGUUUGAAGAAGCAUGGAAAGAUCGCAAAGGCAAUGUUAAAGUGCAAUUGCCUGGCCGGGAAGAUGGAUAUGGUAUGCAUGGAAAUGCAGGUUCUAGUAGCAGUGAACCGAAAAAGAAGACAUUUUGGGGAGGUUUGGCCCUCCCAUCUUUAGAGCAGCCCUGGAAAGCUGGAAGAAUGGGACAAGACAAUGAAGCCAGGAACAAUGCUUCUUCUAGUGGGAGAACUAAGAAAGUUGUCAGAAUCAAUAUAGACUAAAUUAAUUUACAUGGUAAUGUUGUAGGAGUAUUUCUACAGAUUUCCCAUUAAAACAAGUUCGACUUUGUGACUCGAUCCAUUGAUUCUGCAUGUUAACUGUGAUACCUAAUCAAUUUGUGUGGUUUGGGAAGGAUGCCCGUGUCUAUGUCUGAAAGUACUUGUUUGGUUUACCUUUGUGACAUGAGAUACGUAGAAGAUUUAACAAUACUUGUUUUCAUGCAAAGAAAGGAAAAACUGUCACAUUUGUGUUCUCAAA